GUAGUGCAGCUGAUAUUGAUAUUGGAGUCAGUCCAAAUGUGAUGGUGCUGCGCAGCUGAUUGACAUUGACUUCAUUCGUGCUGCGCAGCUGAUUGACAUUGACAUCACUCAAUCGGCAUGUAGCACCGCCUUUUUAAAGCCUGAUUGGUUGUCCCUUGGGAUGCGUCACGUCCGACUCUGACGCACUUUGUUUGGGUGUCCGUCUUCGCAGCUACAGGUAGAGGCAUUGUGUUCGUUCUGAUAAUUUUUCAUUUGCUUGAAUGGGCCAACGUUAAGUUACUUUUGGCAUUGUUAUAGUGCAUUGUGGCUGUGGCAUUUUUCUGGGCUGGAGUGGCUGGACGACUGUUCAUUGUUGCAGGUAUGUGAUAGUUUUUAAUUGGCUGAGUAAUGGGAUUUGGCAGUAUUUAACCUGCGUUUUUCAUGCAGUAGAGAUACUAAGUCCUGCACCUCGCUGUAUUUGUAUACCUGACCAACAAGUGCUCAAAGCAUCCGCUUUGUGCACCCAUUGGAAUUGAGGUUUCUCCUCGGUGGAUGACUGGUCCUUCCAACUGGUGGUGGUGCUUCUUUCCCGUGUGCUGUGAGACACUGAGUGCUUGAUAGUGUAAUUCGAGUGCACUGUGGUGUGCGUGUGCUGGGGUAAAGUCAGUCUGCUUGUAUCCAGUCAGUGGGAACCUCAAUCCUGUGUGUUUUUGAUUUUUGUUUAUUUAUUUUCCUUUUAUGAAGGGGGAGUUUUUGAUGUGCUUUUUAACAAAUGAGUACAACCUUACAUUUUCAUUAAAAUAAAUAUUUUUGUACUUUUUGUAAUUACUCACGCCUCUGUGCCUUUUUGAGGGGAAACGAACCUGUGUGUCUUUUUCUAAUAGAGUUAUUUCCCUGGGUCACUCCCAGGGUGGCGUAGUCGGUUAUUUUGAUUCAAAGAGUUCUAACUCGUAUCCAUACCCUCGUCACAUUCUGGCGUAGUCGGCAGGAUUCCCCUCUUAUUGUGUGCAGAGACGUGGGUUGUAUUUUUUUCAUUUCUGUAGGAACUGGAUUGCGGCAGUCCCCCCUGGUGGGUCAAUACAAGUUAAUUUUUUCACGUGUACGUUUUAGUUCGUGGUUGUAGCGAUGGAAGACGAAUUACGUGAGUUAAGGGAGUUGGUAACUCAAUUAAAAGCUGAUAAUGAGCGACUACGGCAAGAGCAGGUGCCAGCUGCAGUGCCGGGACCAUCUAACAUUUCUAUUCCUGUUUCAGAUCCUCCACUCAUUGAUGCUGGUCCCUCAUCAACCGAACGAUUUGUUUUCGUUCCUCGAGACCGUAGAUGUCCAAAAUUCAGUGGGCGGUCAGGAGUUGACAUCAAUGAGUGGGUGGAAGAAGCAGAGGCUUGCAUGCGUCUUCGCCAUUUGUCUUCAGCUGAUCAGGCAUUUUUCUUGUUUGAUCACCUGGAGGGAGAGGCAAGAGAGGAAAUUCGUUAUAGGCCACAGAGUGAAAGGGAGGAUCCAAAGCGAGUGAUUCAGGUAUUACGCGAUUUAUAUGGCUGUACUAAGUCCUAUGUAGCUCUUCAGGAGUCAUUCUUUUCCAGAAGACAGCAGGAGGGGGAGACUCUGGUGGAGUUUUCCUUGGCCCUUAUGAGCCUUCUGGAAAAGGUUAAAGGUCAGUCACCUCAUGGCAUGCCUAAUGCAGAAACUUUACUGAGAGAUCAGUUUGUGGAAAAUGUUAAUGAUUGCACCCUUCGUCGUGAACUUAAGCAGUUUGUGCGCCGUCAACCUACUGCCACAUUGGUUGACGCACGUGGUGAAGCACUUCGGUGGGAAAGAGAGGGCAUGCCUGGGGGAGCGCGGGGCCGAAGUCAGUCUGUUCCAUCAGCGUACGGUAUUCAGUAUGGGGUGCAGGGGAAUCGGAGCGUUAGUAGUGGGGCAAAGUCUGAAAUGACUGAAUUGCGGGACAUGUUGCUGAAGCAGCAACAGCAAUUGAAUCAAUUGGCUCAAAGUAUGACUCUGCUUCAGAAUUGUUCGUCUAAAUUGCCGCCACAUAAAGUCAAUCCUGUUAUUUGCAGGAGAUGUCGUCAGCCAGGCCAUUUCGCUAGAAAUUGUGAUGGCGAGCGGAUACCAGUCCGUGCACCAUCAGCCUAUAUUGAUUCUGCUGUAACAAGACGUGAACAGUCGUCCUCCAGCCAGCCGUCGGAAAACUAGUUCCCACCAAGUUACAGGGCCAUAACUUGGUUGGGAAAAGGGUAGGCUCUAAUGAUUUUAUGCCGUGUUUAAUGUCUACUUGUCCAAAGCUCGUUGUAUCUAUGGGUGGGGUUCAGGUCCCUUGUUUGGUGGACACUGGCUCCAUGGUGUCCACCAUUACUGAAAGUUGUUUCAUGACUAAUUUUGGGCUUUGGGGUCAAGAACAGCUUAGAUCAUGUCAUUGGUUACAGCUUCGAGCUGCAAAUGGUCUUUCAAUUCCUUAUAUUGGUUAUUUGGAAUUAGACAUAGAGCUUUGUGGGCGAGUAGUUUCAGACUGUGGAGUGCUGGUUGUUAAGGAUCCUCCUGGUGGCAUGUGUGCACAAACACCUGGUGUAGUGGGUAUGAAUGUUUUAAGCCGCUGCUACCAGGAGUUAUUCGGCCAGCAUGGUACAGGCCUUUUUGAUUUACCGGCAGUAUCACAGGCCCCCAGUUUUAUCAUUCAGGCCUUACAAAAUUGUCACCAAGCUGAAGUUCAGCCAGUUACAAAUGCAGAGGGACAAGUCAGGGUGCGUGGACGUCGGGCGUGCCGCAUCCCAGGUGGCACUGUAAAAUUUGUUGCCACUACUUGUUCGGUGCAGUAUUCGGGUAAUGCCGUACUGUUUGAACCUCCAAUUUCAGGUCUCCCUGCAGGUUUGCUGGCCUCUCCUGCGCUCCUAAAGAUGGAUGGUGGUACUGUUUAUGUGCCUAUAGUUAACGUGGGCACUAUAGAUGUGCUGUUGUAUGCCAGAACUAUUGUGGGCGUUGUAAGUAAGGUUAAUGUGGUUACAUUACCCCCAGAGGUCGUAGAGGUAAACAUGGUUGCAGCUGAGGUAAGUGCACAGCCUUCUCCCUCUGUGCAGGAGCAAAUAGCUACCUUAGACCUGUCAAUACUGCCUGAAGUAGAACAAGGUAAGGUUAGGGCAUUGCUGUUUAAGUAUUUGCCAGUGUUUUCCAGUCACGAUGGUGAUUUGGGUUGUACAAACCUGAUAUCUCACGAUAUACCCUUGUUAGACGAUAUCCCUGUCCGGCAGCGGUUCAGGCGCAUCCCUCCGUCUGAGUAUGAGGUGGUAAAGGCACAUAUUAACCAACUGUUAGAGACCCAGGUCAUUAGAGAAAGUUGCAGUCCUUAUGCCUCGCCCAUUGUUCUGGUUAAGAAAAAGGACGGUGGUCUGCGCAUGUGCGUAGACUACCGUCGUUUGAAUGCGAAGACCAGAAAGGAUGCAUUCCCUCUACCACGUAUUGAGGAAACUUUGGACUCGCUGGCUGGGGCCUGUUGGUUUUCCACCAUGGACCUAGCCAGUGGGUAUAAUCAGGUGCCUGUAACUGAGAAGGAUAAGCCUAAGACUGCCUUCUGUACCCCUUUUGGUCUUUUUGAGUGGAAUAGGAUGGCGUUUGGGCUGUGUAAUGCCCCAAGCACCUUCCAACGAUUGAUGGAACGGUUGUUUGGGGAUCAACAGUGCCAAUCCCUCCUCCUGUAUUUGGAUGAUAUUGUUGUCUUUUCCUCUUCUAUAGAUGAACAUCUGGUGCGGAUGGAGGUUGUCCUAAGCCGUCUGCAGAGGGAAGGGUUAAAGGCCAAAUUAUCCAAGU